CCACUGUAAAGGGGUCUUGUCAAACAUACGUUACACUGUGGUGUUUUAACAUAAAAUGAUGUAUGUAAAAAUGGUGAGAAGGUCUUCAGUCCACUUUAUUCAAUUCUAACUGCGUGAGUGUGGUUUUGUGUGAAAUGCCCCUUUACCCAGCCCAUGAUUGGGUACAAUGGAGAACAGAAGAGGGCUCCCUCGCCGCGGUCACGAGAGCGCUGGGAUAGUGACGUCACUUUCCUAAACCGGGCAGUAGUCGUCGUUGAGUUCCGAGCGCGAGACAGGCAGGAGUCCGUGAACAGUUCAACUUUUAAUGUAUGCGGGCCGCGCCGGGCCAGUGUGUAGCUCGGGUACGCCGUUUACUUCUCUUUUAUGCAUCCUCCCGCUUGACUUAGCUCGACAACGGCUCGCUGUUUUCUCACCGGUUCGGUAGCUGCUGUUGUUUGGCACAAAAAGCGCUUGUGUGUCAGUCUCUUUUAUGUGUCCAGCCCUCCUGCGACUCCAGCAGGCCUUUACUGAGUGAUUGAGUGACUGACUGCAUGGACUGGACCGAACAUGAAGAGCCUUAAAGCCAAGUUUAGAAAAAGUGAUGUCAAUGAGUGGAACAAGAACGACGAGCGUCUUCUUGCCGCGGUGGAGCAUGGUGAGAUGGAGAAAGUGGCGUCGCUCCUCACCAAAAAAGGCACCAGUGCUGUUAAGCUGGACAGCGAAGGCAAAUCAGCUCUUCAUGUAGCAGCCUCUCGUGGUCAGACAGACUGCCUUUCUGUCAUCCUGGCACAUGGAGCUGACCUGUCAAUCACUGAUGCUGCAGGUUUUAAUCCUUUACACCUUGCUGCUAAAAACAAUCACACUGAGUGCUGUAAAAAGCUAAUUCAGAGUAAGUGCCCUAUCGAUGCUGUAGACAGCACAGGAAAGACUGCCCUCCAUCACACUGCUGCCAGCGGCAACAUCGAGACCGUCCAACUGCUAUGCGAACUCAGAAGUUCAAUCGCCCUGAAAGAUGCAGAUGGACUCACCCCCUUGCUGUUGUCAGCCAAACAUGCUCACGUUGAAGUAUGCAGUACUUUGCUGGACUAUGGUGCUGAAAUCAAUGCUUGUGACAAUAGUGGCAGGACAGCCUUGAUGCUGGCAGCUGAGUCCAAUGCAGUGUCCGUAGUUGAAGUCUUGGUUCAGCGAGGAGCAGAUCUGGCAGCUGUAGAUUCACAAGGCCAUGAUGUUGUACACUAUGCCACGCUGUCAGGCAAAUCAGAGGUGAAAACUGCCCUCACAGCUGCCCUGAACAGACAUCAGGUUUCAGAUACAAAGUCUCCUAGAAGUCCUCAGCAUGAUCAAAUAGCUAAGCUAAGUGAUGAACGGAUCACAACUCCCAAAAAACGAAAAGCACCUCCACCUCCUAUUAGCCCACUGCAGAGUUCUGGACCCUCCUCUCCAGUCAUUACCUCCACUGGGACCCCUGCAUCAGACAUAAGUGACACUCCCAAGAUUUUCAGCUACAAGGAGGAUGAGGUUAGAGGAACAGUGCUGAGAGAGGAGGUGGAGAAGCUCCAUGAGGAGAGAAACAUGUUGCUAGAGACGAUUGAAGACCUGAAGCAGACCGUGGAGCAGACAAUGACUGGUCCUGAGCUGGAUACAAGUGGCGUGUUUUCAUUACAUGUUGAGCACAGAUCUGCAGAUCUGGUUUCUGCACUGCAAGCGAAGAUUACUGCUCUUACUUUGGAGAACCAGCAACUUGCAAGCAGAAUAAAGAAACGUCCAUCCCUCCAAGGAAACGAGGACCUGAAGGAGGCCAGUCAUCCAAACAGUAUGGUCUCCAUCUCCUCCUUCCACUCUACCCAGGAUGAAUUUGACUCUCUGCCAUCAGUCUCCUCCACCACACAGAUGGAAAGGGAAGACAGGUCAGGAGGUGUUUCUGUCAGGCAGGACACAGAGGGAGGGAGCAAAGAGGAGAUCAGACUGUUGAGACAGGCACUAGAGAGCGUUCAGAUGAAAUUGUUGGAAACAAGGAAGGAAAACCGUUCCCUUCAGGCUCAGCUGAAACCGGAGCAAGACAGAGAAAGAGAGGAGCAUGAAGGUGUGAAGGACAAGAGAAGAGAGGAAGAGUUGAUGGAAAGUCUUGCAGAGCUGCAGGCCAAGCUGACAGACACGCAAGAGAGAUACCACCAAGCGGUGGAGGAGGUGGAGGAGCUGAGAGCACAAAUAGGAAGAGCAGGAGAUGAGCAGAUGGAGAAAGAAGUUCUGAGAUGUACAUCAUCCACACUUGAACAUGAAGUAAAACAGCUGAUGACCCAGCUCCUCCAAUCAAGAUCUGAGCAAGAGAAAGCGGAUGAACAAAUCAGGCAGCUGGAGGAGGCUCUGAGGAGGACAGUGGAGGAGAGGCAGAGUGCAAAGGAGAAAGAACAGAGGACUACACAGACUGAGGAGCUGUACAAGGAGGCACAGGAGGAGAUUAGAGUGCUCCAGGAGGCUCUGAGAGGCACAGUGCCUGUUGAAGCUGCAGCCAAAGACUUUGAAGAAAUGAAGGCUGAGCUGAACAAGGUCAUUGCUGGGCUGCAGCACCAGUUGGUGGAACUCUCACACUCCUACAGUGAAACCAAGAGCCAGCUAAGUGCUGCUCAGAAACAGCUGGCUGAGGUCCAAGCUGAGAGCAGAGCAGUAUCAUCUCCCUCUUCAGAACACCAACAGGAAGUCCAGGUGCUAAACAGCAGGGUGGAGGAGCUGCAGAUGUUGCUAGCAGACAUAGAGAAGAAGUACUCAGCUGCUCAGGAGGAGAUUUCAGCACUGAGGCAGGAGGCAGAAGCUCGGGCACAAAGCUCUGUGGACCUUUCUGACCACACACAGGUGAUGUCUUCUCUGGGAAACGCCAUUAAAGAGCUGGAAAGUCAGUUAGAGGCCCUAAAAGAGCAGCUACACCAGAAGACCUUGCAGGUGGAGGCUCUUCAGACCAGACUGACAGCAGAGAAAGAGGUCAAUGCAGAUGACUCAGUCUCCCACCUGGAGUAUGAAACCAUGCAAGAGCAACUGGAGGGUGAGGCGAACCACCUGACACAGCUCCUCCAGGGGGCCCUCAGAAAGCAGGACGAGAUGGCCCUGGAGGCUGCUGAUGCAUGGCAGAAGGCACGAGAGAAUCGUGCAGAGCGGGAAGCCCUACAGGACCUGGUCAUGUCAAGAGAGAAGGAGAACCAGAUGCUGACGACCAGGUUGGCUGAGUCCCAGGAUGCUGUGUGUCAGCUCAAACAGCUGGUGGAGGACCAUGUUGCCUCAGAAAGAGAAAAGAACAAGAAGAUAGAUGACCUGUCACGGGAGGUGGCGAAGCUAAAGGAUGCCUUAAACAGUCUGUCGCAACUCUCCUACAGCUCUGGGUCACCCUCUAAGAGGCAGCAGCAAAACCAACAGCUGGAGACGCUGCAGCAACAAAUCAAACAGCUGCAGUACCAGCUAGCUGAGUCAAAGAAGCAGCACCAGGAGAUAGUGUCAGUGUACAGGAUGCACCUCCUCUAUGCUGUCCAGGGUCAGAUGGAUGAAGAUGUCCAGAAAGCCUUGAAGCAGAUCCUAAUGAUGUGCAAGUUGCCAAGCCAAGCCAAGGAGGCCUGCUGAGACACACUGGGCCCAGUUUCCCAAAAGCCUGUUGCGAAUGAAACUGAAGUGAACAGCUGCUGUCAGCUACACGUCACCAAUAUGUCUUAUUGGCCAACUUCAUCCAUUGCUAGUGCUGAGUUGAAGCAAGGCCAACACAUGGCGCCUCUGGACAAACCUUAAGAAUAGUUAUACAAUCACUGGUUCAUUACUUUUACUAAUGUCGUUUUGAUCCUUUAACAGAGGAUGUUUUUGGGAAACCCACAGCCCAGCGUACAGUUACUGUACAUCAGCCAACUGGAGGCAAGGUGCUUAUCUGCGUUCCAGCCAAAAUCAUAUGUACAUGUUAACACUACACUGAAAAUGCACAGUAAGUGUGAUAAUGCAAACGUGUGUACUAAAACACAUUUGUGCGCACUGAUUAGUCCAAUGAUGUGGUUUUUCUGUUACAUGGGCUUAGAGAAAAAAUACAACACUCAGUUGACACUGUUGUCAACGGUAUCUAUUUGAUGAUGGUGUUAUUUGUUUUCCUGAUAUAAAUUAUUUGUGCCCUGAUGACAUAUGACUCAACAGCAGUCCUAAAAUCAAAUACUUUUUUGGCUGCACUUCUAAAAAGAUAAAAUCAUGAUAUUGUUUAAACUGCUAUUUUCCUAUUGGCACAAAUUUAUAUAAAAUAUAAUGAAUUGUAUUUACUAUGUCAUGUUUUCUAAGUGACUGUAUUUUUGAGGGCCUUGUUUUGUGUCUGACUGAAAAGCAUUUUCCUCCAGUAUAAUGGCGCACUAUUUGGUCUAGACACCUGAUUUAGGUUAUUUCUGUUAUUCAUAUUUUACAUAUGAGCAGUAUGAGAUCAAUAUUUUUGUCUUGUCUUAGUAAAGGCUUUUGGUUUUUUCUUACUUGAAAAACAUGAACAAUAUGUCGGCUGAAAGCACAAUGUUGAGUUUUAUAUAAAACACUUGUUCUAUCUAGUGACCUAUGUCUGCACUUAUUAAUCAGUAUUUUCCAGCUCUGCAGUACUUAGAUAAUUACUGUCAAACAAUUUUCACAUGUUACAUAUGUUAAUUUCACCAGUCUUCCUCACAACAUUCUAUUUAUUUGUCUUUUAGUUUGCAGUCUUUUUCACUGUUCCUUUGUGGGUACUAUACAGAUACAAUGUACAAAGUCUGAGAAUUUGUUUCAAUGCAUUUCUUUAAAUGUUUCUAUAGAGACUGAACUGUUAUCACAUCACACUCCUUUGCCUUAGUACUGUACUUAAAGCCAUAUGCCCCUUAGGAAUGAACUUUUCAACUAAAGUCUUUGAGAUCAUUCAAAGUAUAACACUAAUUCUGAUUAACUGGAGUCAGAUUAAAUUAAUUUGGAUCAGACUGACUGAAGCUCCCACCCUGGUUUUCUCACUCAGGAUGUUUUUGUGUUGAACCUGAGUUAAACCUGACUGACACGUGUUAGACCCUGGGUAGAGCCUUUGCUUGUCUUUUUUGAUUAGGUUCUAGGAUAUCAAACUCUUUCUUUCUCUGUAGGCCUUGACUGAAAUGUUUUGUACUAAGAAAUGGAAAGGAAACAACAUUUCUGUUGGUUGUUUCUGUACUAACAGUUUUGUAGCGACAUAAAACUUGAUUUGCCAACUGCUUUUUUGUCAACAUUAAUAAAUUUUU